CGAUGCUGUUUCUGGUUUAUUUUUUUUCGUAAGAGGCGCGCGCACAAGGGGGUGGGUGGAGGAGGACCAAAGAGGGGCAGCUCUUACGCUGGUUGCGGGAAUAAAACGGUUUCCUCUAUAAUAGACCCAAAAUAAAAGAAAAAAUAACAUGUCAGCGAUGUUUUUUUUUUUUUUGUCGUUGUUGAUUUGGGGCACACACAUGCCACUCCCAUUCUCGAAUGAACACCAUUCGACUUUCUCUUCUUCUUCUUCUGUCUUCAUGUUCCACCACCCCUGCCCCACCAAUGCUCCGCUCCGCUUUCUUGCUCUGCAUCCCCCAUGAGCGACAGCAGAAAGUCAAAAAAACCACCUCUCUUUCUCUUCUUAUGCCACUUGCAUUCCAGGGCCCGCCCUCUCUUGUUACGAUCUCUCUUUUGCUUCGCAUUCCCUCUUCUCUUCUCUUUCACCACUCUAUAACCCCCCCCCCGCCCUUCACCUCACCCACCCGCCAAUUGGAAGGUUUGAUCAAGACCACACCUGUUUAUCCAAAAAUAAAAAAACGCGCGCGAUCACCACCUUCCAUGUAUGUCAUCAUGAUUCCUUCUCCCCUCUCGUCACACUCAUCCCUCCACACACAUAUACACACAAACCCUCUCACGCAUCUCUCCAUCCGUACGUACCAAAGUCAACUGGUGUGAAUUGCAAUGAUGCCGUUCUUCUUUUUUCACUCUCUCAAAAAAAAAGGGUGUGUGAGAAAGGCUCCUAAUCAGUAACACCUUGUUGUUUCCGUUUUG